AUGGGAAAGCUGCUGCUAGGCCUGGUGAAAUUUCUCAGGAAAUUCUUUGUCCUAAACAGAUCAACACGCCGCACCGUCGCGGGGGAGCAGCUGCACCCCCACCGCCUUUCCUUCUUCUUCCUCCUCCUCCUCCUCCUCCCCCCCAGCAGCGGGGUUUCCGCCCCCCUGGCAGCGGCUGCUCCCGGCCCGCGGGGAGCCUGGGGGAGCCGCAGCGGCACCGAGAGGGGACUCGGGGCCCCAGGGAGGGCAAAGAGCCGGGGAAAGAGCCUCGGUCGGUUUGUUCCCCCUGCCGGCAGAGCGCCCCCGAGCCUCCUCCGGACCUUUGGCUGGGUGGGAAGAAGGAGGAUUGAGGAGCGUUGGUGGAAAGGAGAGCUGGCGGCAGACAUCCAUCAGACCCUGAGGACGAAGGAGCUUAACCUACCUUUGUAUAAGGCCCAUUCACCACAGAUUGGGAUGUGCUGGUACUUCAUUGAUCUCUUGACCAUCAUCAGCAACUGUUGCAGCCUUUGCCCUACAGCCCGGCACCUCGCUGCCUACUUACUGGACCUCUUCAUGGAUCACUACAGUAUCAGUGUCAAGUAACUGUACAUCUCUGCAUUUGCCUGUCUUCUCCUAGCAAGUAAAUUUGAAGAAAAAGAAGAUAAAGUUCCAAAGUUGGAGCACUUAAAUAACCUAGCAUACAUGUGCAAUGUGAACGUGGUAUUGAGUAAGAAAAAAUUGCUUAGAAUGGAAAUGCUGCUUUUGGAAAACUUCAGCUGGAAUCUUUGUCUACCCACACCACCGCACUACAUUGGCUACUACCUCGAUGUGUCCAUUGGUGAGAAUGACCUUUGUGACGGCUGGCCAACCAACUCAGUGACAGAAGUCAAAACUUUCAUGGAGAAAUAUUACUCCUUGAUUUCUCAGUGCAAGAUAUUUUGAGAAUGACAAAGAAAUCAAUAACAUAAAGAAGCAAGUAACAAUCCAACAUCAACAACAAGAAGGAAUGGAAAAUCUGAGCCAUCAAGCCAAUACUCAGGUUCUAUUUCAGCAACCUAGUUACUAACCUUUAGCUCAGCAUUCGGCUACUCUUGCCAGUUGCCAGUGUAAGAUUUAUGCUCUACUUACCGUAACUCCUUACAGGUGCACAGGCCUAGUGGUCUGCUUGCUGGGAGUGCUGACAGCUCAUUGCACUCCUGUGCUGCUUUUCAGGCCAGCCUUCAGCUGUCUGCUCAGACUCUGCACAUCCAAAAGCCUCUUGCUAUACAGGUGACCUUAGGAACAGAGCCCAGCCACUGCAGUUCCAUGGUUUGUGGUAGCGGUUAUUUUACAGGUUAUCACUCAUAUGCAGCUGGGUGUUUUGAUGGAUGAGUAUCUGAGCUGGAGGACCAUGAUGGUGGAAAUGACAAACUCCCAACCAACCCUGAAUGUGUGCAGGACUUGCUGCUCCACCUCGAUUCAUACAAGUCCAUGGGUCCAGAUGGGAUCCAUCCCAGGGUGCUUAAAGAGCUGGCUGAUGUCAUCACAGGACCUCUCUCAAUUAUUUAUCAAUGGUCUUGGGAAUCUGGAGAGGUCCCAGUAGACU